CCGAGGUGGCGGUUGGGGGCGGACGGGCCUCCCGGCCCCGGGCCCGCUCCUCUUCGGCGGGCGUUUGGUCGGUGCGGCCGUUACAAGCUGAGCGAGGGCCUUCGCGACCCGCAGGGCGCCCUCCUUGACGUUAUUGUUGCGCCGCGACCAUUUUUUUCCCGGCGCUUUUGCGUCAGUUCGUCCUUCCAGGGCUCUCUGCGGUGACGGGUCGGUGUGGCCAGGAGGGGAGACUGAGGCCCAGGGAGGCGAAAGGGCUGGCUUUGCAGGUUGCCGAGUGCGUUUGUGCCCCCUGAGCAAGUCGGACCGUGCAGCGGCCCUCUGGCCGGGUGGGGAAACUGAGGCCCGGGGUCACACGGGUUCGGGGACCAGAACGCUGCGUCUGCGGCUCAGGGCAAGCCCAGCCAUGGAUUGCAAAGACAGACCAGCUUUUCCAGUCAAGAAGUUAAUACAAGCUCGCCUGCCCUUCAAGCGCCUGAACCUUGUCCCAAAGGAGAAAAGUGAGGACGCGUCGGAUGACACGAGGAGCCCUGAGGGUGCCCCUGCACCAGGCCGAGUCCCUCAUCUGGAGACCUCUUUGGACAACUUGGAGAACAGCUGUCAUAUGGGUUCUGACAUAGAUUUUAAUCCAAAACUUGUCAAUGGGAAGGGUCCCUUAGAUAACUUUUUAAGAAGUACAGUCAAAACCAGUAUUGACCAGACCACGGUCAUCACCGAUUUGACGGAGGACUCGAGUGACCAGCUAGAUGGCGUCGCGGCCCUUAGUAAACUAAAGUCUGCUGCCUCUCCCUCCGAGGAGGCCGUGAGUGGGGCCGGAGAAGAAGCUGGAGGUGAGAGGGGGCUGCCGGAGGCCAGUCUGAAGGACGAGCCGACGUGUCCCGAAGAGACCCUUUCAGACAUUCCAUGCAAAGCAGAGGAGGAGGGUGCUGGCUCCAGAGGCGCAGAGAGGAGUGGAGAGGGGCAGGAAGGCUCGCUCCAGAGCUGCCCCGAGCUGACAGGUGGUCUGAGAACAUGCUCCGAGAAGGACCAGGACGGUUGGAGUGAAGCCAGGGGCAUCCUGUUCAAAGGGAAGGUGCCCGUGGUGGUCUUGGAGGACAUACUGGCUGCAAAACCUCCCCGAACCAAGUCUCCUCCCACGCCGCCUGCAGACCAGGGCUUGCCCUCUGACAGCGAGAUGCUGGAGUCCGGCCCCGAGGAAGACUCUGUUCUUAGCCACUCGUCCAGGGGUUCUUCUUCUCCUACCAGCUCACCCGAGGGGCAGUCUGCUCCCAAAAGGCAUCCCCGCAGUCCCGGACCCUUCCCCACCUCCACACCCAUCCGCAGAGUGCUCUCGCACAGCAGUCUGGAUCACAUUCAAUACUGUAAAUUUGAACGCACAGGACAACGACAGAUACAGCAACGUGCAGAUUCUGCUGUUCAGUCCUUUAUGGUGGGGGGGAGGACCACAGACAUGGCAGGCAAAGUGACUCUGGAGAAGAUAACUAAGAAACUGGUCAAAGCUUCUGCAGAGAAGGACAAGCUCAGACUGCAAAGAGACCGGGAGCGGCUGGGCAAGCAGCUCAAGCUACGGGCAGAGAAAGAAGAAAAGGAGAAGCUGAAGGAGGAGGCCAAGCGGGCCAAGGAAGAAGCCAAGAAGAAGAAGGAGGAAGAGAAGGAGCUGAAGGAGAAGGAGAGGCGCGAGAAACGGGAGAAGGACGAGAAGGAGAAGGCGGAGAAGCAGAGGCUCAAGGAGGAGCGGCGCAAGGAGCGACAGGAGGCGCUGGAGGCGAAGCUGGAGGAGAAGAGGAAAAAGGAAGAGGAGAAACGGUUGCGGGAAGAGGAGAAGCGCAUUAAAGCAGAGAAGGCUGAAAUCACGAGGUUCUUUCAGAAACCAAAGACCCCACAGGCCCCCAAGACCCUGGCCGGCUCUUGCGGGAAGUUUGCCCCCUUUGAAAUUAAAGAGCACAUGGUCCUUGCCCCUCGGUUUCGGACCGCCUUCGACCAGGACCUCUGUGAUCAGUUGGACCAGCUCCUCCGGCAGCAGAACGGCGAGUUCUCCUUCCUGAAGGAUCUGAAAGGCCGACAGCCCCUCAGGUCCGGACCCACCGUGGUUUCCAACCGAAACACAGACACCUGUAACAGCGAUGUGGUGAUCGUGGAGAGCGGCAAGGUCGACGGCGUUCCCGAAAGGAAGAAGUUUGGCAGGAUGAAGCUCCUGCAGUUUUCCGAGAAUCACCGACCGGCGUACUGGGGCACGUGGAAUAAGAAGACGACCGUCAUCCACCCGCGGGACCCCUGGGCGCUAGACAGGAAGCUCCUGGACUACGAGGUGGACAGCGACGAGGAGUGGGAGGAGGAAGAGCCGGGAGAGUCCCUGUCCCACAGUGAGGGGGAUGAUGACGACGAAGUGGGAGACGAUGAAGAUGAGGACGAUGGCUUCUUCGUGCCCCACGGGUACCUGUCUGAGGACGAGGGGGUCACCGAGGAGUGUGCCGACCCAGAGAACCACAAGGUUCGCCAGAAACUGAAGGCCAAAGAGUGGGACGAGUUUCUGGCCAAGGGGAAGAGGUUCCGCGUGCUCCAGCCUGUGAAGAUCGGCUGCGUCUGGGCGGCCGACAAGGACGGAGGCGCCGACCUGAAGGUGCUCCAGCAGUUCACGGCGUGCCUCCUGGAGACGGUCCCCUCGGAGGAGGAGCAGACGCCCAAGGCCUCCAAACGAGAGAAGAGAGACCAGCAGAUCUUGGCCCAGCUGCUCCCGCUGCUGCACGGGAACGUGAACGGAAGCAAGGUGAUCAUCCGGGAGUUCCAGGAGUGCUGCCGCCGAGGGCUGCUCGGCAAGGACACGGGCAGUCCCGACAGCAGCUCCGCCAGCCCGCCGAGCCCCGGCUCUUCCCGCCCACAGACCCCCACCAGCAGCGAGGACGCCGCCGUCCCCUCCAAGGCCAGGCUCAAGCGGAUCAUUUCUGAGAACUCGGUGUACGAGAAGAGGCCUGACUUCAGGAUGUGCUGGUACGUCCACCCGCAGGUGCUGAAGAGCUUUGACCAGGAGCACCUGCCCGUGCCGUGCCAGUGGAGUUACGUCACCGUGGUGCCCUCGGCCACCAGGGAGGACAGUGGCAGCAUCCCGGCCGCGGGGCCCGGCCAGGGGACGCCCAUGUCGCUGAAGAGGAAGUCCGCGGGCAGCAUGUGCAUCACCCAGUUCAUGAAGAAGCGCAGGCACGACGGGCAGGUUGGAGCUGGGGACCUGGAUGGGUUCCAGGCAGACACGGAGGAGGAGGAAGAGGAGGACGGCGACUGUGUGAUCCUGGACAUCUCGGAUGUUGGGGAGGCCCCGGCCCCGUGUGGAACCGCUUCCGGAGCUGGGGGGUCCGUGGGGAUGGACAGCAGCGAGAGUCCCCCGCCUGCCAGCUCGCUCGGCCCCUGCUGAGCGCCCCACCGGCCCGGUGCACGCGUGUAGGAUGGUUUAGGGAUUCACAAACGCCUCUCGGAUACUUGAAAGUCCUGCGAGUCUGUGUGAAGAGCACUUUGUCCUGCUUCGCAGACCUCCCCUGAGGUCUGGAAAGUUUUAUAUAGGAUGCUUGAUUGGUUCCUUUUGAUACUUGUAAAAAUGUUCCCCCCAAAAGCUGCAUAUUAAUCUGCCCUUUAAUAAAGCAUUAUCGCGAUGUGAGGACCUGUACAGGGAAAGCCUGGUCGCGCCCUGCGGGCCCCGGAGCAGGCACUGUGAUGAAAUGCUUGUAAAUGAGUUGGAGCCUGCUGCGGCUCCCAGACCCCAUGUGGGUGUGUAUAAACUUAUUGUCCAGCCCUGA